UUUGUUACAAGUUAUUAUGUUACAUUUCGUAUAUGCAAUGCAUAAGGUUCUGAUCUGUUGUUUGCUGACUGCUGCUUUGUAUUCUAUUCCCGUCCAUGGCCAGGAUACCAACAUUACCAUCGAUGUGGAUACGUUGAUCGAGUUAGUGUUGCCCUCCGUCCUUAAACCAAGAGUUAUUGGUGGUUAUGUAACCACCAAUGAAAAGCUUGGUGGCUACUUGAUGUCUUUGCGAUACGAAAAGAAAUUCAUCUGCGGUGGAACACUUCUUCAUGAUCUUAUUGUCCUGACUGCGGCACAUUGCUUCCGGAACCGACCGAAAACCAACGAAUGGAUAGCGGCUGGCGGUAUCUCCAAGCUGAGUGAAGUGGGUAUCGAACGUGAGUUCAGGGAUAUCUUCAGAUCCGCUGAGUUUCGGGAAAAUGACACGCACAUGGAUGUGGCACUGGUUCGGCUAAAAAGCCCCAUGAGAGGCAAGGGUAUCGGAAAGCUGUCUCUGUGCUCCACUAACCUGAAGCCCGGACUGGAGUUGGUGGUUUCGGGCUGGGGCAUGACCAAUGUAAACGUCAGUGGUGCAAAUAAUUUGCUGCAUUCCGCCGUGGUGCCGUUUAUAGACAAGGAAAGGUGUCGUACUGCCUAUCACCCAAGUAGUUUGAUACUAACAGACAGCAUGCUUUGCGCCGGAUCGUUGGGGAAAAAAGAUGCCUGUACUUUCGACUCCGGAGGUCCGUUGGUUUACAAAAAGCAGGUCUGCGGCAUCGUAUCCUUUGGAAUCGGAUGUGCCAGCGUACGUUAUCCUGGCGUCUAUACGGACAUUAAUUACGUGAAGCCCUUUAUCGAAAAGUCCAUGAAGGAGUUGCUUGCAAAUCUUUAAACAAAUUCUUUGAAUCAUGUAGAGAAAAUAAACUAUUACCAUUUAUUAAUAACUGAA